GGGGAGUUUCGGUACAUCUGCACUUUGCACGUAUAGUCGUCUACAGUUUCUAGCUAGACCGUACACACACACACACACAGUUACAGCUGGCACUGGACUGAAGAAGCACGCUGGUUUUGUUUUAUCCCCCUCGAAACUUUUCUCCUAGUUUUUUUAAUUCGCCCAUUGGAUUGUGACUUUGUGAAAUUUUUCGACAGUGAUUUAAUUUGAAUAGGCCAAUUUUUGUGUGUGUUUUUAAAAUCGAUAUUCCUUUCGUACACUUGUUUUUGGAAAAUUCGACCUGAAUUUUGUGUUUCUGUGAGAAGAAGAUAGCUUUCUAUUUCCAACGGCUUUUCACCCAUUAUAUCACUGAAUAGUGCAUUCACACUUGUUGGAUUAUCUGCAUAAUUUCGGUUAACCUGAAAAUGUCAUUGCACCUACGAUCCACUCUACAACGAGCUCUACUUCUAGCCAACCAAACAGGCACUGCCCAAAAAGCCGCAUUGUGCAAUGUUCCUCCGUCGCCCAAGUACAAACCGAUGCCAGAUGUAUCCAAAUUUGAAAACAACAUCGUUACAUCGCCGUACGGCGAAUGCGAGUUCCAUGACAUGACGAUGGUCCAGAAAGUUUUCGAGAGCGCCAGUCGCUGGCCGAAUAAAAUCGCAAUGGAAUGCGGAAUAACUGGACGCAAGUACACCUACGAAAUGAUGCGCCAGUUGAUCCGCCGUUUUGGAAGCGCAUUGACUCGCAUGGGAUACAAGAAAGACGAAGUCUUUGGCAUCAUUUCGCCAAAUAUUCCGGAAUUCCCCAUCGUAUUGUACGGAGCCUCUGGUGCUGGGAUGCCCGUCUCCUUGGUCAACCCCACUUUCACUGCCGAGGAAAUGGCUCGUCAGUUGUCUGCUGUCGGAGCCACGGCUCUAUUUGGCGUCGCUCCAAUGGCCGAGACCCUGAAACAAGUUGCCGGACUCUGUCCAGCUAUUCGACACGUCAUUCUAUUGGGUCCUCCUCAGGAAGGCGCCGUUUGUUUCCAACAAAUGGUGCAAGACUCUGGAGAUCUUUUCAACGAAACCCCCGAUAUUAAUGUCAAGGAAGAUGUCUUCUUGCUUCCUCAUUCUAGCGGAACAUCCGGAUUGCCCAAGAGUGUCAUGCUGACCCACUUCAACAUGACUUCAAACGUGAUGCAAUUUUUGCAACCGGGAGGCACCAAUCACCAAUUUGCUACGACCAACUACCAGGACACGUACGUUUGUUUACUUCCUUUCUUUCACACGUACGGCAUCACGAUUAUAUUGAAUACGGGCAUCCAAACUGGCGCCAAGUUGGUUACACUGCCACAAUUUGACGUGCAGAGCUACUUUAAAGCCAUUGAUGAUCAUAAGCCAACUGCGAUGCAUAUUGUUCCCCCUCUAGCAUCUCUUCUGAUCCAAUAUCCAGGUCUGAAACUGGAAUCUUUCAGCCGGGCGCACACAGUGUUCUGUGGUGCGGCUCCUCUGAGCGCGCAAACUACAGUCGAAAUGCUUGAACGUCUAAACGUUCCCAAUUUGAGUUUCCAAGAAGGUUAUGGUCUAUCGGAAACUUCUCCGGGAAUUAUGAUGUCUCCACUCGGAAAUGUCAAACUUGGAUCUUGUGGUUCUCCCAUUCCUUGGACAAGAGCCAAAAUUGUGGACCACGAGAUCGGCGAUCACGCUCUAGGGCCUUAUCAACAAGGCGAACUUUACGUUGCUGGUCCUCAAGUGAUGAAAGGAUAUUUGAACAACCCCAAAGCCACCGAGGAAAUGAUUGACGAAGAAGGUUGGCUUCGCACCGGAGAUGUCGCUUACUACGACGAAGGCGGCAACUUCUACAUCGUCGAUCGUCUCAAAGAACUCAUCAAAGUGAAAGGAUUCCAGGUUGCUCCGGCUGAACUUGAAGACAUUCUGGCUUCCCAUCCGGCUGUAGCUGAAGCUGCUGUUAUCGGAAUCCCUGACGAACAAGCAGGUGAACUUCCUCGAGCCUACGUCGUCAAGAAACCGGGAAUGGAGUCGGUCAGCGAUGCUGAAAUCCGGGCAUUCGUCGACUCCAAGGUCUCGUCCCACAAGCAAAUUAAAGGAGGCAUCGAGUUCCGCUCUGCCAUUCCCAAAAAUAAUAUGGGCAAGAUUCUGCGUCGUAUAUUGAGAGAUCAAUUCGCUGAAAAGAACAAGUAAAUUAGAUCAAUUGCUCAAUAACAACAGCAGAAACAAUUUUUCAAGUUUUUUAAUAUAUGUUACGCAAUAUCCAUUCCGUUUGAUUCCAGAAAAAUAACUGCAGCUCUUAAUCAUCACUUUCGUUUUACAAACAGGGUCUAUGUUUUUUUUAUCAUCGUAUAGAUUUUUAAACGCUAUUAGAUCUUUAAUGACGUUCAGUAAUAAUCUUGACUCAAAUACUCGAUGAGUAGUAAUCUCGAUGUAAAUAGAAAAAAGAAAUGGCUGAGCAACUAGAAAUUUUCUUCUGUUAACAUUUGAGAAUAUGCUCGAGAUCAAAAUCAAUAUUUGAACUUUGAAAGGAAAAACAUGGGGUUUGUAAUAACCUUUAUAGAUAAAAUAUUUUAGGAUUCAAUGAAGUGCUGUAACACCAAAAUGGAAAAUAAACUGCUGUUUACGUAUUCAAGAAAA